CCUUUCCUCUUGGCUGGUGAAGCCUCCGCCUCAUUGCUUCCCAGACGUCAACACAAAAGGCUGUGCAGGGGAAACUCCAGAGGAGAGAAAGAGAGAGAGAAGCAGAAGAGGAGAGAAAACCCGACAUUUCCACAAACACGCGUGUGUCCUUUAUUUUCCCACGAGGGACGAGCCCACCCAUCUUUGGAGGGAUCCUUCCUACAUCUAAGAAGUGGAACAGGAGCCUUGUUUCAGAUAGAAAAUGAUGGGGGUUUUCACACCCAGACUUUCCGAUCUUUGGAGCUGAUCCGAAGAAGAACCUCGAGAGUUCAUGGGCUUAUGCAGCCAAGCUUGGAGUUGCUCUUUGCUGUAAGACCCUGGCCGUAAAAGAUACCCUUGGCACAAAAUCAAGCUGCAAGGAUGUUCUUCCUUCUAUUGCCUCUGCUUUUCCAGUUCCCAGGCGUUCGUGGAAGUGACACGAAUCAGGAAGAUUUCCGGUUCUGUGCAGACCGAAAACAAACCGACUUGGGCUUCGUCCACUACCGAAUCCAGAAGGACCUGAUCCGCAUCGUGAACCGAGUGGAUGGUUUGGAUAUAAGUGCCCCGUUUCCUCCGGAGGAUACCAUUGGAUCCCAAACGUGGGACCUGCCCGACCGUGUGGGGAUCUACCGCUUCUGCAUCUUCUGGUUCCAAGACGCUCGCCUUUUCAGGCUCACCUACGGGAGCAAAAAUUUCACGCUCAGCACGCAGGCGGAGUAUUCCCUCUACUUGCCCCGUAUCUCCGGGACGCCCAACGAGAGCAAUACUUGCCCUCUUUACAACAUCUCCUAUGCCUAUAGCAAGGGCACCCACAACGUCUCGCUUGCAAGCGCAUCCAUCUACAGCUUCACCUUCGAAGAUUCGGGGAAGCUUGACCCAAAGGAAGUGGAAAAGGAACUCAGGCGAACGGAAGAAACCCUAAAGAAGUUGGAAGAUACUAUGAAGCUUCCUGUUCAAGGGAGGACACCCAAACGGGGGAAUCCUUUUGUGCAUCUUCUCAAUUUGGAGUCCAAACUGGGAGGAAUGGAGUUCUCGGGGGAGAAUAAAACUUUGCGAGCAGGGAUGCUGCUGAAUGCAAGCGUAUGGAAAAUCCAAACCCCCAAAGACUUACACAUCAAGUCUGAACUAGAGGAGGGCGAAGAGGACCGUGGGUUUGAAGUGACUCUCCCGAAAGUUGUGUUCGAGCUGCAGAGGCGCGGGCGCAGGAGCAGCAACACAAAGGUGGUGCAAUUAUCAGCCAGGAGCCAGACGCUCUUCCAGGGCCGAGAUGCCAACCAGAUCCUUGGUGGAAAGGUGAUUGGGAUCUCCGUGGGGAACACUCUGGUCCACGACCUGCCCAAGGAACAGCGCGUGGCCAUCACUUUCUUGCACAAACCUCUUCCGGGGAACAUAACUCCACAAUGUGUAUUCUGGGAUAUGGAAGCUGGCCACUCUGGGAACUGGAGCACAUUGGGCUGCGAAGCAAAACCGGGAUACAACCAGACAACCUGCCUCUGCGACCACCUCACCUUCUUCGCCGUAAUGAUGGUGUCGUCCCCAGAUAUUGACCACGUCCACCACAAAUACCUGACCCUCAUCACUUACGUUGGUUGCGUCAUUUCAGCAAUGGCUUCGUUCUUCACCAUCUUCUCCUUCCUUUGUUCAAGGAAGCGGCAGAGAGACCACAUUGUCUACGUCCACAUGAACCUCCUCUGGGCCAUUUUCAUCCUGGACAUGAGCUUCCUCAUCGCCGUGCCUUUGGCCCCAAACGCAGGGGACACGUCUUGCAAAGCGGGGGCCAUGUUCCUGCACUUCAGCCUCCUGGCUUGCUUGACCUGGAUGGGCCUGGAGGGCUACUGCCUCUACCAGCUGGUCAUUGAGGUCUUCAAUUCCUACGUCAAGAACUUCCUCCUCAAACUAAGCCUGGUGGGAUGGGGACUUCCCAUUAUCAUUGUGUCUCUGGUCUUCUUGAUUGAUCAAUCCCAUUAUGGACCAUUCUCUUUGGAAGUCUACGAUUCCACCAAAGGACCGACCAAUGUAACCAUUUGCUGGAUCACAAAGAAAGAGAUCAACAACUUCCUGAACUUGGGGCUGUUGAGCCUGGUGCUCUUCUUCAACGCCAUCAUGCUGGCCGCGAUGGUGAGAGAGAUCCUCCGGCUGAGGCACCGGGAACACCACUGGGAAUAUGCAGUCAUGCUCCUGGGGCUGAGCUGCGUGCUGGGCAUCCCCUGGGGCCUGGCUUUCUUCUCCUUCUCCUCGGGGACCUUCAGACUGGUGGCCAUCUACCUCUUCACCAUCAUCAAUUCUUUACAAGGCUUCCUGAUCUUCCUUUGGUACUUGGCCAAAUUACGCCAGUCACGCAGGUCCUCCUCCAUGCGGUGUUCGACGUCAAACAGCAUCAAGCUCCAGUCCAGCAGCACCAGCAUAUGAACUGGGAACGCUUGCCAUUUCCUUUGGAACUUAACGCAACAACCCCUCCAGUGUUUAUAUGUGUCAUUGCCUAUAUUUGGGGUGGAAGACAGAACGGCAGGACGAGGACACUUGCUCACCAUCCAAUAAUAUUGCAUUGCGCUUUUCUAUUGUAAAUAUUUUGUUUGUAUAUGUGGUGUAAAAUAUUACUUUCUGGAUUUGAUAUGCUUUUAUUAAAGCCGUCACUCUUCCUUGGGA